AUGAAUGAAAACGUAGCAAAAUAAGAAAGAAAGAAUCAAUUAGAUACAUAAUAAAAAAAAGAGGAGUGGUAUGGGUAGCAUGGCUGAUAAAUGGGAGGAACUUAGUGGGAAAAACAAUUGGGAAGGAUUAUUAAACCCCUUGGAUCUUGAUCUUCGUAAAUAUAUCAUUCAAUACGGAGAAUUGGCUCAAGCAAUCAAUGACACUUUCAUUACAGAAAAAGCGUCUAAAUAUGCAGGAGCUAGCAGAUACUCUAUGGAAAACCUUUUUACUAAAGUUGGACUUGACCCAACCAAGUAUCGUGUAACCAAAUAUUUCUAUGCUACUGCAUCCAUUCCACUUCCUGAUGGUGUUUUCUUCGUGAAAUCAUUGUCAAGAGAAGCAUGGAGUAAGGAAUCAAAUUUUAUGGGAUAUAUUGCUGUAGCUACUGAUGAGGGUAAAGUUUCACUAGGAAGAAGGGAUAUUGUUAUUAAUUGGAGAGGAAGUAUGCAAACAUUGGAGUGGGUGAAUGACCUUCAAUUUGUACUUGUUCCAGCACCAGAAGUAUUUGGUGAUGGAGGCUUGCUUCAACCUUUGGUGCAUCAGGGCUUCUAUAAUGUCUAUACAGCAUCCAGUUCAAGAUCACAGUUUAAUGUGACUAGUGCCAGAGAUCAGGUAAUGGAAGAAGUGAAAAGAUUGGUUGAGGAAUAUAAGAAUGAAGAGGUGAGCAUAACUGUGACGGGACACAGCCUGGGUGCAUCACUUGCAACUCUGAAUGCAGUUGACAUAGCUUUCAAUAAAAUCAACAAAGCAAGUAAUGGCAAAGAGUUCCCAGUCACUGCUUUUCCAUUCGCAUGUCCUAAAGUUGGAGAUCUCCAAUUUAAGGCAGCAUUUGACAAAAUAAUAGGGCUUCGUAUCUUGAGAAUUGAUAACUUAUUGGAUAUUGCUCCGAAAUACCCACCUAUUGGAUACUUUGACGUUGGGCAGGAGCUAAUGAUUGACACCACAAAAUCUCCCUAUGUGAAACCUCCAGGACAACCUGUGAACUGGCAUUCGCUGGAGUCAUACUUGCAUGGAAUCGCUGGAACUCAAGGUACGGGGCUUUUAGCGGGUUUUAAUUUAGAGGUGAAUCGUGAUAUCUCACUUAUCAACAAGCAGUUGGACGGAUUGAAAGAUGAAUAUUGCAUUCCUGUGAAUUGGUGGGUUGAGAAAAACAAAGGAAUGGUUCAACAAGAAGAUGGAUCUUGGCUUCUCUUGGAUCGCGAUGAUUAUGACUUCUGAUGGAGCUACCAACACUUUUAAAAAAACUAUCAUUUUAUUUCCUUUCAUCAAAUGUUUUUUUUAUUAUUAUUAUUGUUUUAUGUAUGACUGAUGUAUCUCUAGUUGAUUGGGCAUGGCUUUCCUAUGUAAUUUAUAUGCAUGUGUAAUAAAAUAUUGAAUGUUUUUGUUUGCUUACAAGCUAAAAUUUGCUUUUGCU